CUGUCGGUGUGUUCCCGUCUCUGUUCCUCGCUCGUCGUUGAGUCGCAAGUCGUCCGCAGAGUGCGAGGAUAUCCGUAUGCACGUUUGUCAGUUCUCGACAGUCGACUCGGUGGCUCGUGCGCGACGUUCAUCUCCCGUCUUUCGCAUAACCCGGCCGCGGUCUCGCUCUAUAUUUGGCCAGUCGCCCACCAACAUAUUGCACGGCUCCUCGCCGAGUCUUGCUUGCAAAAAUCCUGGACGAGGGCGCGUUUCGCCUCUCGCUCUCACUCUCGCUCGCUAGUACACAGCAGUGCGCCCGUCUCUCUCGCGCCACUUGUGUAUGUGUACGUGUGUUGCGAGAAAAGAGAUAGAAGGAAAAAGACAGCGCACGCCAAGAGGCGCGCACCGCAACUGCCAUACGGUUUGGCUGAGCUCGGCAUGUGGCACGUCCGCGACAUCGCUUCUCGUCCGGGAUGAACCUGCUAAACGCAUAGAAAGUUGUGCUUUGACGCUCGGGAGCGUAGCUCGAGUGCCCGAGACCCACUGGCCAACACGCGAGAACAGCCUCUCACUCUGCUCUCCUUCUCGUGCACGGACAGUGUCGUAGUGCGAUUGACGGCGCGACGACUUUCCGAUAUAGUGUUAAUAAGUGCCACUUCUUUGAGUUUCCCUGGUCCUCUUGACCGACUCGCGUUUUCAAAGCUGCCCAAUUGCGUAAACGAUCAAAGGACGCGUUGGACAGUUGCAAUGCGCCAUGUGAUGACUCGCGUCUAUUAAAUUUUUUUUCAUGCACUCGCUUAAAGGCAUCGUUAAUCGUUAGUUAAAUCGACCGAAUAUUAAGGUGCAGUUAUUGGAUGUGCUCGUUCCAGCAAACCAAUUAGGUCUAUUGUUCUACAAAGGCUAGGUGUACAUGAAUGGGGACAUUGGGAAGCUCCCACCAGGGGCGGGUUACCCAGCCACCCCUGAUCCCUUGGCAACUGUCGGUAGUAACGUUCCUGGUCUAGACUAUACCGUCAUGAACGGAGGAGUGGCUGCUGGCGAACUAAUGCUCGAUACGGGCGUGGGUAAUUUGGAGCCUUUACCCCAACUUGCUAUAGGAAUGGGUGGUGCGGUAGGCUAUGCACCUGUUGAAAUGGCUCCGCUCAGCGAUGUCUCUGCACCUCCAUCCCAAAUGGGUGAACAUUCUGGACCCAGUAUGCCACUUGAUCAAUUGAAGCAAAUGCUCUCUUCGCAACUUGAAUAUUACUUUUCCAGAGAGAAUUUAGCUAAUGAUACAUAUUUACUAUCACAAAUGGAUAAUGAUCAAUAUGUACCAAUAUGGACGGUAGCAAACUUUAAUCAAGUUAAAAAAUUAACAAAAGAUAUAAAACUGAUAACAGAGGUACUCAGGGAAUCACCUAAUGUGCAAGUUGAUGAAGAAGGCCAAAAAGUUAGACCAAACCACAAACGAUGUAUUGUUAUACUUCGCGAAAUACCUGACAAUACUCCACUUGAAGAUGUAAAAAAUUUAUUCUCUGGGGAAGGUUGUCCAAGGUUUAUUUCAUGUGAAUUUGCUCAUAAUAGUUCAUGGUAUGUGACAUUUGAAUCUGAUGAAGAUGCCCAAAAAGCCUACAGGUUUUUAAGAGAGGAAGUUCGAGAAUUUCAGGGAAAGCCGAUAAUGGCUCGUAUCAAAGCUAAACCAAUGAAUAGGCUACCGAUACCGGCAGUUACAAAUGUUGGAGGAAUGAAAAAUGGUUAUAGAACACCACCUCCGCCACCAGUUUUUGAUCCCAGUAGCUAUCAGCCAGGACAACAACGCUUUCUCUACACAAAUGGCACAACUAUGCCACAAACUACGAUGCCGCCAUAUCCAAAUCAAGUGCAUGUUUACCAACCAUUUUAUCCCGCGGGCAUGAUGCCCUGGGGUCCAGCCAGUCCAGCUUAUUAUGAUGUAACUAGCGUCUUUGCCAUGAAUGGAAUUGCUUCUCAUAGUUCAUUCAAACCACAUAACACAAGAUACAAUCAACGAAACAGUAACACUUAUUCUAGAAAUAAGCAGCGUAACGGUUCUGAAAGAAGCGGUCUAAUGGAAGGCGGAGGUAAUAUGGUACCGUUGGCUAGAACCUCGCAUCCUCCAUUGAGUGGAGGACCCGUAACUAUAGGAGUGGCAGCGCCAACUCUCCCGAAUAUCUUACCUAGUGCAAAACCAAUAUCUUCUUCCUAUCCAGUUGGCACAAAGUUUCAGCCCUCCCAUACACCAAAUGUUAUUGGAGAGGCUCAAUAUUCAAGCAGUCACACAAAUAAAGUAUCGCAGGAAAGCGAUGGUCAAAUUCAAGACUCAACGAUCCAAUUUACGCGUCAUCGUACACACCGUAGAACCAAAGAUCAGGAAGCGCUAUCCAAGGCUAAUAGCAGCAGUAAUUCUCUACCGUCGAUUAGAGAGGGUUCUAGUGGAACUAGUAACACUAGUGGUAGUAGCACACAACACAACCGAGGGGUACAAUUCGAUCUGGAGGCUGCGGCUUUUCCUCCAUUACCCGGCCUCGAUGUCAAUACUUCAAAGCUCCAUAAUUCGUCCAUUGAAGUCUUGAAUUCUGAAACCACACAAUCACAAAAUAGGCUUUCUGACGUAGUAAAGGGUACUGCGAAGCUCAAGAGCACAAACAAAGAUAAAGAGCAGCAGCAGCAACAACCGCCAACGGGAAUCGUAGCAUCACCUCCACAAUAUCAUCAUCACCAACAAUAUCAUCAACAUCAACAGCAUCAGCACCAUCACCAUCACCUCCAACAACAGCAACAACAACAACAACAACCGCAUCAGCAUCAUCCACAUCAUCAUCAACAACAGCACCAACAUCAGCAUCAGCAUCAACACCAACAUCAGCACCAGCAACACCACCAUCAUCAUCAAGCGUUAGUGAGCAGCCACAAUAGCAGGUCGACAAGUCCUGGAGGUCAUCAACAUCAUCACCGAGUAAACCCAGAAAAUGCUGCUAUCGCUGCCGCAGCAGCAGCGGCUACUGCUGCUGCUACUGCUGCUGCUACUGCUGGUGGUGCAACAACUGUAACUUUAUCACCAACAGUGGCAGUACCCACAAAUCCCAAUACUCUACCAAUUGCUAGCAACAACGGCGAUUCGGACGUCGCCCUCGGCACCGUCACGCUCACUCCUCCGUCAUCUCCCGAUAAAUCUAUAAAGACUGACGAUUCGAACAUGGUGAAUGGCGUGGACGAGGCCAUAAGUACAAAUGCAAAAGUGGCAGCAAACACAGUUGGGACUGAAGAUACUGAAUCGGUAACCAGGUGCGAUUGUGACAACAUCCCUACCCAGAAUACCCAGUCACAUACUGGAGGGUCAUCAUCCUAUCCAACGGACAUUACGAGGCCGAGCUAUGCCCAAGUAGCUCAGCACUGUCGUGAGCUACCGUGUACAAAACACAAAAACGACGAAAGGGACGGAAGCACGUAAAAGGACAUGUGAGUAAUGAUGAAAGACAAAUCCGGCAUCUACGGUUUUCAUGCAUACUGUUUUUAUGCUCUUGCGAAGCUGCUGUCGAUCGACAUUUCUGUACUAAUGAGCCAUCAAGCAGCGAAGCUUAUGAAAAUUGUUCAUUAUUGAAAACUGAAGAAAAGUACACUGUGUAUUAAGUUACUCUGAUACAUUGUUAAAAUCUUUGCAGAUAUACUACUGCAUUUGAAUAUCGAUAUUUAAAAGCAGUUACCACAAAUCGCUUGGCUACUGUGCCGAGCCGAAGAUUUAAGUUGAUAAUCGCCUGCUUUUCCUCUUAUCGAGCGCCAAACAAAAAAAAAAUAAAAUAAAAUAAAAUGAAUAAGAGCGUUCGUGCGUAACAGGCAAAAACUUUUUACAUUGUACAGUGAUUUCGCCUAUGCUGAAUACAUGGUAUUGACGGACAGAAACAAAACAAACAAAAAAAAGAUAUUUAGAUUAGAGAACAAGAUUUUCGACUAGAAAAGAAAAUGAUAGAGAGAAAGACAGAGAAUGACAGAUAGAGAGAGAGAGAGAGAUAAAUUAAUAAUGUCUCUACGUUCUAGAGAGAAUUAUUGUUUCGCUGAAAAGAUAAUACCAACAUAUAGUAGGAGAAAAUAUUGUUAUUGCUUUGGUUCUGUGAUUUUGGAGGUACAUAUUCGUUAGCUUGUAAAAACGUUAAACUAAGAUGUUAUAACUUUUAAUUCCUUUCUUCAACUUCCCUUUAAACCUAACCAUGGCGCAGGGCUGUAACUCAGAAAGUGUUUAUUCUUGUGCCAAACCUUUACACAUGUGUAUACAUAUGCAUACGCAUGCAUACAUAUAUAGGUACACCCAUAUAUAUAUA